GGCACCUUGUCACGUGACGCGGGCGCUACGCGUGCGCGCGGCCCGUGCGGUUGGCGGCCGGGAAACCCCUCGGGCCGAGUCGCCAUCGCGAGCGGCGGGGCCUGCACCGCGCGGGGCCGAGCCGGGGCCGAGCCGUGACCGGCAGCGCCUGCCGCGGCCCAGCUCGCUCGGUGAAGGCCGGGGCCGGGGCCUUGCGGCCGUGGAGCCCUGAGGCCUCGGCGCGGCCUGGCCAUGGCGCAGCGCCGCCGCCUCUGAGCGCCGCGCGGGCCUUCCCGGCGCUUCCUCAGCGCCCGCGGGCCCUUCCCCGCGCCGUCCGCGCCUCCCCCGCGCCGCCCGCGCCUCCGAGCGCUUCCCCACCGCCGCCGAGCGCCUCCCCGCCGCCUCCGAGCGGCCUUCGGGCUUCCCUUGCGUCGCCCGGGCCUGCCCCGCGCCGAGGCCGCGUCCCCGGGCGCCGCGGGGUCGGCCCCGCCCGGGCCCGGCCAUGUCGUGCGUGCAUUACAAGUUCUCGUCGAAGCUCAACUAUGACACGGUCACGUUCGACGGGCUCCACAUCUCGCUGUGCGACCUGAAGCGCCAGAUCAUGGGCCGCGAGAAGCUGAAGGCGGCUGACUGCGACCUGCAGAUCACCAACGCGCAGACCAAAGAAGAAUACACGGAUGAUACUGCUCUGAUUCCGAAGAAUUCUUCAGUAAUUGUUAGAAGAAUCCCUAUUGGAGGAGUUAAAGCUACCAGCAAAACUUAUGUUAUAAGUCGAACUGAGCCAGUGAGUGGAACAUCAAAAGCAAUUGAUGACUCUUCUGCAUCUAUUUCUCUGGCCCAGCUUACUAAGACUGCCAAUCUGGCUGAAGCCAAUGCUUCCGAGGAGGAUAAAAUAAAAGCUAUGAUGACACAGUCUGGCCAUGAAUAUGAUCCAGUCAAUUACAUGAAGAAACCCUUGGGUCCACCUCCCCCAUCGUACACGUGCUUUCGUUGCGGCAAACCUGGCCACUACAUAAAGAACUGCCCGACAAAUGGGGACAAAAAUUUUGAGUCCGUUCCCAGAAUUAAAAAGAGCACGGGAAUUCCAAGGAGUUUCAUGAUGGAGGUGAAAGAUCCCAAUACAAAGGGUGCGAUGCUGACCAACACAGGAAAAUACGCAAUACCAACUAUUGAUGCGGAAGCUUAUGCUAUAGGAAAGAAGGAAAAGCCUCCUUUUUUACCAGAGGAUCCAUCCUCCUCCUCGGAAGAAGAUGAUCCUAUUCCAGAUGAGUUGUUGUGUCUCAUUUGUAAAGAUAUAAUGACCGAUGCCGUUGUUAUUCCGUGCUGUGGAAACAGUUACUGUGAUGAAUGUAUUAGAACAGCAUUACUGGAAUCUGAGGAACAUACGUGCCCCACGUGUCAUCAGACAGAUGUUUCUCCCGAUGCAUUAAUUGCCAACAAAUUCCUGCGCCAGGCUGUGAACAACUUCAAAAAUGAAACCGGCUACACAAAAAGACUCCGUAAGCAGGUUCAGCAGCAACAGCAACAGCAGCAGCAGCCACCACCACCACCGCCGCCACCACCUCCACCACCCCUCAUGAGACAAACAAUAACACGCAACCUGCAGCCUCUGCUCCGGCCAGCCAUUUCCAGGCAGCAGGAUCCACUCAUGAUACCCUUAGCUUCUCUGGCUUCUCGUUCUGCUUUGUCAUCGCUGGGCCCUGGUCAAUCACCUAUGGCAGCUGGGCUGCCAGUAAAUCCUUCUUCUGUUGUUGUCUCUGAUCUCCCUCCAGCGAUGUCCCUGUCUCUCCGUGAAAAGCCAGACGGACCUUUUCGUGAUCCCGAUACUGUUUUGCCUCCUGCUUUGAUGUCUGCUGAGAUUACCAAGUCUGCCUCGCUGUCUAUCAGCAGCUUGUUGGAAGAGAAGGGCUAUCAGGUUCCUGUCCUAAGACAGCCAGCAUUGCCGAGUCUCCUGGGCCCUCAAGGACAAUCUAUACCCACGACUGGUCACCCAAUGAGAGCCGGGGCAAUUCGCUCACUGGGAGGCAGACCAGGCUGGGAACUUUCAAAUCGAGGACGCCUGCAUAGUGAACGUUCCCAAAGGAGCCAGGCCCCAUCACUACCAGCAUCAGCACCAGUCUUUGUGCCUGUGCCUCCACCUCCCUUGUACCCUCCACCACCCCACGCACUUCCUCUUCCACCGGGGGUGCCACCACCACAGUUUCCUCCUCAGUUUCCACCGGGCCAGCCUCCAUCUGCUGGGUACGCUGUCCCCCCUCCAGGAUACCCCCCAGCUCCUGCAAACAUCUCAUCAGCUUGGGUCCCAACAGCAGUACCAGCGGCUCAUUCAAAUACCAUCCCAACGACACAGGCUCCUCCCUUAUCUAGGGAGGAGUUUUACCGAGAACAGCGGAGACUUAAAGAGGAGGAAAAGAAAAAGUCCAAACUUGAUGAGUUUACAAAUGAUUUUGCUAAGGAAUUGAUGGAAUAUAAAAAGAUUCAAAAGGAGCGUAGGCGUUCGUUUUCCAGGUCAAAGUCUCCCUAUAGUGCUUCAUCCUACUCUAGAAGUUCCUAUACCUACUCAAAGUCAAGAUCAGGUUCUUCCCGCUCUCGCUCCUACUCUCGAUCGUUUAGUCGUUCCCAUUCUCGCUCCUACUCACGGUCACCGCCGUACCCAAGAAGAGGCAAAGGGAAGAGUCGUAACUAUCGCUCUAGGUCGAGGUCGCAUGGUUAUCACCGGUCACGGUCCAGGUCGCCCCCAUACAGACGAUACCAUUCACGGUCAAGGUCUCCCGUAUUUAGAGGCCAGUCUCCCACUAAGCGGACUGUACCUCAAGGCGAAGGAGAGAGGGAGUAUUUUAACAGAUAUAGAGAAGUUCCACCAUACGACAUGAAAGCUUACUAUGGCAGAUCUGUUGACUUUAGAGACCCUUUUGAAAAGGAAAGGUACAGGGAGUGGGAACGGAACUAUAGAGAAUGGUAUGAAAAGUUUUACAAGGGCUAUGCUGUUGGUGCCCGACCUCCGGUAAAUAGAGAGAACUUCUCUCCAGAUAGAUUUGUUCCCCCCGGGACCAGACGAGAGACUUCGCCAUAUGCUCGGGGACGCAGAGAAGAUUAUCCUGGUGGGCAGAGCCACAGAAAUCGUAGUGUAGCUGGAAGCUAUCCUGAAAAACCUUCUGGAAGAGAGAGCCAUGGCAUCAAGGACCCUACAAAAUCAAAAGAGAAGGAGGUGGAAAACCCACUGGGAGAUGGCAAAGGAAAUAAGCAUAAAAAACACCGGAAGAGAAGGAAAGGGGAUGAGAAUGAAGGAUUUCCCAGCACCGAGUUGUUAGAAGGUGCGAGAAAACCAAGAGAGCCAGUUACAACUGAAGAUGCUAAAACGGACUCUCUCUUCAUGGUUCCAAGCAGAGAUGAUGCCACCCCUGUGAGAGAUGAGCCUAUGGAAGCCGAUUCGAUUGCUUUCAAACCAGUGUCUGAAAAGGAGAAAAAAGAGAAAGAGAAACCAAAAGCAAAAGUUGACAAGACAAAGCGGAAAACAGAAGCGGCUGUUGCUCCCAAGAAAGACAAUGUAGUAAAACCAGCUAAAGCUUCACAAGAGAAGGUGGACGCUGAUCGUGAAAAGUCUCCUCGAACAGAACCUCCUGUGAAAAAAGUGAAGGAAGAGCUGCCAAAGACAGACAGUGUUAAAACAUCCUCCUCUCAAAAGGAGGAGAAGGCUCUUGGUACCCCACGGAAAGCUCACCCAAAAGUGACAAAAGAUCACGGAGAAACCAGACCAGCCAAGGAGGAAAAGGCAAAGAAAGACCAUCCAAAAGAAACCAAGUCAGAGAAGACCUCCAACAAAGAGGACAAGUCAAAAAAACCUGCUGACAAAAGCAAACCUUCUGAUGCCAAACCUGAAAAAAGAAAAAGAAAAGCAGAUGAAAAGGCCGAUAAAGAACAUGAAGGCACUUCCAUAAAGGCCUCUAAACCAGAAACUGCUGAAUCAAAAACAUCGCCAAAGGGGAAGACUGAGCCUGAUGGUGAAAAAGGAGAGAGAACUCCCGAAAAGGACAAAUCUGCUCUUAACAACCCUGCAAAAAAGAUUAAACUGAACCGAGAAACUGGCAAGAAGAUCGUGAGUGGAGAGAACGUGCCAGCUGCUAAAGAGCCUUCUGAGAAACCAGAGCCGAGCAGCAGCAAAGUCAAACAAGACAAAGCAAAGGGAAAAGCAAGAAGAAAAGUGACAGCAGCUGAUGGAUCCAGUUCAACUCUCGUCGACUACACCAGCACCAGUUCUACUGGAGGAAGCCCUGUUCGAAAGAUGGAAGAAAAGCCAGAAAAAACAGAUACCAAACGAACUGUCAUUAAGACCAUGGAGGAAUAUAAUAACGAUAUAACAGCCCCAGCUGAAGAUGUGAUUAUUAUGAUCCAGGUCCCUCAGUCGAAGUGGGAUAAAGACGACUUUGAGUCUGAAGAGGAAGACAUUAAAUCCACCCAGGUGCCCACAAGCAUAGGAAAACCUGCUAGCGUUGUAAAAAAUGUGAGCGCUAAGCCACCAAACCCAGUAAAACAUAUUGAAAAAGAGACGGAGCCUUUGGAGAAAACACAGAAAACUACAAAAGAGGCGAGUUGUGAAAGCUCCCAGCAUGAUGCAAAAAGUUCAAAAAGCUCAAUGCUGAGUGAAAAAGGAAAAACCAAAGACCGGGAUCAUUCUUUGUCAGACAAGGACACUUCUGAGAAGAGGAAGAGCAGUGUUCAGGUAGAAAAAGACCACUCGGAACGUGCAGCUGAGCAAGGAAAUGGAAAAAGUACUUCUCAGUCUUCCAAAGACAGCAGAUCUUCAGAGAAACACGAUGUUGGCCGCGGAUCCACUGUAAAAGACUUCACUCCAAACCGCGACAAGAAGUCGUCUGACCAUGAUGGCAACAGAGAUCAUUCUAGUUCCAAGCGUCGAGAUGAUAAGAGUGAAUUAGCAAGGAGAAAAGACUCCCCUUCACGAAACAGAGAAUCUACAUCGGUACAGAAGAGUAAGCCAAGAGAGGAACGAACAGAUCCGUCCAAAAAGGGUGCUGGAGAUGCCAAAAGGAGCAGCUACAGUCCUUCACGUGAGCGGAAGCAGUCUGAUCACAAAGCUGCUCACGAUUCCAAGCGUACAUUGGAGGAACACAAACCUCUAGAUAAAAAUACAGGAAAAGAUAAGGACAAAGAAAAAGAGAAAGAUAAAGAGAAAGAAAAAGAAAAGGAGAAAGAAAAAGAAAAAGAAAAGGAGAAAGAAAAGGAGAAAGAGAAAGAAAAGGAGAAAGAAAAAGAAAAGGAGAAAGAAAAGGAAAAAGAAAAGGAGAAGGAAAAAGAGAAAGAAAAGGAGAAAGAAAAAGAAAAGGAAAAAGAAAAAGAAAAGGAAAAAGAAAAGGAAAAGGAAAAAGAGAAAGAAAAGGAGAAAGAAAAAGAGAAGGAGAAGGAAAAAGAGAAGCUUAUCCCAGAAGUGAAGAGCAAUAAAGAGAAAGAGCCAGCUGGUAACAAACCACCUUUGAGACAAGAGUCACCAGAUGUAAAAAAUGAGAAAGAGAAUGUAACUGGGCAAAGCGAUAAGAGCAUUGUCAAGCCCAAGCCGCAGGUAAGCAGCUCCUCACGGCUCUCUUCUGAUCUGACUCGAGAGACAGAUGAGGCUGCGUUCGUACCUGACUACAAUGAAAGUGACAGCGAGAGUAAUGUAUCAGCAAAAGAGGAGGAGGCUGUGGGCAAGACUCCUAAAGAACCGAAGGAGAAAGCUGUGGAGAAGGCGAAAGAGGAGACUGCAGUGCCUGCUGCCGCAGCUGACCAGCCCGAAGCGAGCAGGAGUCAAAGCCAGAGCAGCCCCAGCGUGAGCCACAGCCGCAGUCAGAGCCCGUCCGAGAGCCAGACCCGGAGCCACAGCAGCAGUGCCAGCUCAGGAGAGAGCCAGGACAGCAAGAAAAAGAAAAAGAAAAAAGAGAAAAAGAAGCACAAGAAGCAUAAGAAACACAAGAAACAUAAGAAACACAUCGGAAAUGAAACAGAAUUGGAAAAGAGCCAAAAACACAAACACAAGAAGAAAAAAUCGAAGAAGAGCAAAGAUAAGGAGAAAGAUGACCAAAAAGUGAAAUCUGCCACUACAUAGGACGGCAGAUAAUUAAAAAUGACUUAAUUCCUAAGUCAUCUGUAUUAAAUUUUGUUAAAAUGUAAACGAAUUCAAGCGUUGUAAAUAAUGACAUGAAAGACCCUGCGCUGCACUUAAAAUAUUGCUGCUUGAUUAUUUGAUUUUUACAUCAGAGCUUUAUAAAAAGUGAACAUUUUGUACAGAAUUGUGAGUUGUGACCAUGUAACAUGAAAGGUUUUGCUGGGGCAUCUUAUUUUUACCCACCGGUAAUUAGUUUGGGUGGAGUUUACUGUACUGUGAAGAUCUUCACAUUUGAGUUUUUUUUUAAUUGCCUGCAGAAGCAGCUGGUAUCAGUUAUACAAUAUCAGCAGAAUGGUUGGCAGAAUACGUUACAGCCCUGUUAUGUCACUUUUUGAUUACAAUAAAACCAGUUUUCAGUAAACUAUCCAAUGUGAUGAGAUUUCCAGUGGUGACAGAGAACAGAGCAGUGGCAGAAAAAAGCUACCAGCGCAAAGUACGUGUGGAAAAUAGCAGGUUAGUGGGCUUUGUCCUGAAAAGCCUGGCGAGACCCUGUGUCCUGCAGGGCUGUGACACGGGGAAGUGCUGCCAAGAUGGCACGUCUUCAUGUGCCCAGAGGGCUUGGGUCGAUGUUGUAAAAGUGGUAUAUGGCCCUAAAAACGCAGCUGCUGUUGACAGCCCGUACCAGCUGCUCUAAAAUAUCAGUAUAUAUAUAGCUGUCGCGUUUCCACCUUGUUUGGUUCGUUUAGGAAGCUGUUACCAUUUGCCAGCAAACAUUAAUGGUCUGGAGUUGCACCAGGGCAGGUUCAAGUUGGUCAUCGGGAACAAUUUCUUCACCAAAAGGGUUCUCGGGCACUGGCAGAGGCUGCCCAGGGCGGGGGUGGAGUCCCUGUCCCUGGAGGGGUUCAAAAGCUGGGCGGACAAGAUGCUCAGGGUGGUUCAGUAGUGGGCAGGGACAGUUGGACUCGGGUGAUCCUAAAGGUCUUUUCCAACCAAGUGAUUCCGUGAUUCCCAGAUGCAGUAAGAUACCCUGUUACCUCUGUUUCCUCUGAGCACUGCUCAUCUCCAGGGCGUUUGUGGGGUUUGUACAGAAGAUGAUUACUACUAUUGCAAUACAGAGGUGUCCGGUGAUGCAGAACCAACCCUUCCAUGCGGUGUGGGCUUGGGCAGGUGAGGGUGCAGAGGAAAGCCCACCGGAAAGGCAAGCUUCUUCUUCAUACUGCUCUGAACCGUGAAAGGGAACCAUCAUCAGCUGGGCUGAGCAAGCACGGUGGUGUUGGGCUGGCAGUUGGGCUUGAUGGUCGCAGAGGUCUUUUCCAACCUUUGAAUCUAUGAGAACUUUAAGAUGGCUGUAAUAUAUCCAAGGUGGCUGUGGGUGGUGCUGGCAUCUCCUGGGCUCAGCAAUGGAAGCCCUCGUAUGACAGGCCGUGGGAUCGCUCCAGAAGGUUCUGUGGGGAAGCGCUGUAAAUAGAAGCGGCAUUUCAGGGCUUCCUGCUGAGACCAUUCUGUUCAAAGUGGUGAUGUUUAGGCGCUGUCGCUGGGUGCUCAACAGCACAGGCGCCAUGAAGCCGUCGCUCGCCUCGUGUUCUGGUGGGUGCUCCCAUCGUAAAUGCUGGGUUGCGACUGGGCAUGCCACUCUUCUGAUGGUU